AUGGGCGCAUCGUCCGGCGGCGCAUCGCCCGUGCUGCUCGCACGCAUAAACGAGAAGAAGCAAGAGCUGGCGAACCUCAAGGAGCUGCAGGCUCUCAGUGCUGGCCUAGCCGAUCAGAUGGAGGUGCUGGAAAAGAAGCUGUCGACACUCUCAGACGGCACCGAAGCUGUCGCUGCUGUCCUGUCGAAUUGGCACAACGUUUUGCGCGCCAUCAACAUGGCCUCAAUGAAAAUCCCCAACCCUAAGGACGCCGCAGACCAAGAGACCACAGAGGAAGACAAGGAAGAAGUUCCCCUUCCGCAGACUCUCGUCCGAAUUCCGACCCAACACGCGGCACCGCUGCUUCAGCAGGCCAGCUCUGCCAACGCCGCCGAAUGA